AUGGAGGAGGCUGAAAAGUUUUUAACUUCAAACCAGAAAGAAGGUUCUCUUCAGACUAGAAUCUUCAAUGCAUCGAAAAACAAGCAACUAAAGACAGAUCCCAAACAUGUUUAUGCAUUGGUCUCAUCAACUUUGAAAUAUAAACCAUUUAUCUUGGAAAUCAUCAAGAAAGCCAAAUUACUCAAAGAAGAAAAGCAAAUCAAAGAAUCUCAAGCUCUUCUAUUGGUUCAUGAUCUUUUAUUCACCAGAUCUGGAAGAAUCCAAAUGGGUAAAACACCCUUGAAAGAGGCAAUUUUGAAGCACAAGACGAGAUUAGCUGCUGAAUUGACAAAAUUAAAAUUAAAGCAUAAAGUGAGGAGUUUGGAUGAAUUAAUUGAUGAAGAUGAUACACCAGUGAGAUGGUUUAGAGCAAAUACUAUAAAAACAACCAAGGAGAAAGUUUUGGAAGAGUUGGACCAUUUGGAACAAGUCUCAGAUAUUAAAAAGAUUGAACCAGGUACAAUUUAUCAUGAUGAAUAUAUACCCAAUCUAUUUGGCGUUCACCCAAAAGAGCGUAUCACACAGUUAAAGCUAUAUGAAAAGGGUCAUAUCAUCAUUCAAGAUAGAUCAUCUUGUUUCCCAGCUCAUAUAUUAAACCCAGGUGAAAAUGACCAUGUUAUCGAUUCAUGCGCGGCACCUGGUAAUAAGACAACACAUUUAGCAAGUUAUAUUCAAGGUCCACAAGGGUCAAUUAAUGCUUUUGAAAGAGAUGUUCGUCGUUCCAAGAUUUUAGAUAAGAUGGUCACUACUGCUGGUGCAUCAAAAGUUAAGAUAAAUGUUGGUGAUUUCACAGCUUCCAAACCAUCUGAAUUUGAAGAUAUCACGGGUUUAGUUGUGGAUCCAUCAUGUUCUGGAAGUGGUAUCUUUGGUAGAGCACAUGAAGAAGAGAAUCCAGAAAGUGCAUAUAAUGAAGAAAGAUUACAAAAAUUAUCAUCUUUUCAAUUUUCCAUUGUUAAACAUGCACUAAGUUUCCCAAAUGCUAAAAAAGUUGUUUACUCAACUUGUUCAAUACAUGCACAAGAGAAUGAGAGAGUUGUUAUUGAUUUAAUCAAUGAUGGCCAAGUCAAAGCUGCUGGAUGGAGAGUCGCUAACAGAUCGAGAGUUAUCCCAUUAUGGCCUAGAAGAGGAUUGGUUGAAGAAUUCAAAGGUUUCCCAAACCCUGAACAACUAGCUGGUGGUUGUAUAAGGUCAUUACCUAAAGUUGAUGGUGGUAUUGGGUUUUUUGCAUUCGAUUUUGUUGAAUUGAAAGCUGGGUUUGAACAUUUUAAAGCUACUGGUACUGCUUUACCUGAAGAAACUGUUGAAAUUUUAAAAAAUGAAACUGAUGGUGCACUAUUUGGUGCUGUCUCCUCCCCAACUACUAAAGUUGCUGGUUAUUCUUCACCAAUUGUUGCAUUACGUAAAAAAUUAGGAUUAUAUGCUAAUGUUCGUCCAGUUAAAUCAGUUGAUGGUACAAAUGAUAGACCUGUUGAUAUGGUUAUUGUUCGUGAAAAUACCGAAGAUUUAUAUGUUAAAGAGGAAAAAAUCUUUGAAAAUGCUGACGGUACCAAAACUGCUGAAGCUAUCAAGAGAAUCACAGAGACUGCCACCACAAGAAUUGGUAAAAUUGCCUUGGAAAUCGCCUUACAACGUCAAGCUCAACGUGACUUAGGUGCUGCUUCAUUACAUAAAUCACCAAUCUUAACCAUUACUCAUAAAUCAAAUGUCUUGAGUGUCUCUGAUGGGUUAUUCCGUGAAACUGUUCGUAAAGUCUAUGACCAAAAUCAAUCAAAAUACUCUCAAGUUAACUUACAAGAACAAAUUGUUGAUUCAAUGGUUUAUCGUAUGUUCCGUGAACCUGAAAUCUUCGAUGUUGUUGUUGCUCCAAACUUGUAUGGUGAUAUCUUAUCAGACGGUGCUGCAGCCCUUGUUGGUUCUUUAGGUGUUGUUCCAAGUGCUAACGUUGGUGAUAACUAUGUUAUUGGUGAACCAUGUCACGGUUCUGCUCCAGAUAUUGCUGGUAAAGGUAUUUCUAACCCAAUUGCUACAAUCAGAUCCACAGCCUUAUUAUUAGAGUUCUUGGGUUACAAUAAACCAGCUGCUGAUAUUUAUGCAGCAGUUGAUGCUAACUUGGCUGAAGGUCAAGUUAAAACUCCAGAUUUAGGUGGUAAAUCAACUACUCAACAAGUUAUUGAUGACGUUGUUAAACGUUUAUAA